AUGGCUCGUGGUCCCAAGAAGCAUCUGAAGCGUGUAGCAGCUCCAAAGCAUUGGAUGCUGGAUAAACUGACCGGUGUAUUUGCUCCUCGUCCAUCUACCGGUCCCCACAAGCUGAGAGAGUGUCUCCCUCUCAUCAUUUUCCUAAGAAACAGACUUAAGUAUGCCCUAACAGGAGAUGAAGUAAAGAAGAUCUGCAUGCAGCGGUUCAUUAAGAUCGAUGGCAAGGUCCGAACCGACGUGACCUACCCUGCUGGUUUUAUGGAUGUCAUCAGCAUUGAUAAGACGGGAGAGAAUUUCCGGCUGGUCUAUGACACCAAGGGCCGCUUUGCCGUUCAUCGUAUCACACCUGAGGAGGCCAAGUACAAGCUGUGCAAAGUGAGGAAGAUCUUUGUGGGCACCAAGGGAAUCCCUCACCUGGUGACCCAUGAUGCUCGUACCAUCCGCUACCCUGAUCCCCUCAUCAAGGUGAACGACACCAUUCAGAUUGAUUUGGAAUCUGGCAAAAUCACCGAUUUCAUCAAGUUUGACACCGGUAACCUGUGUAUGAUCACCGGAGGUGCCAACCUGGGAAGAAUUGGUGUGAUCACCAACAGAGAGAAGCACCCUGGUUCUUUUGAUGUAGUUCACGUCAAAGAUACCACUGGCAAUAGCUUUGCCACCCGGCUCUCCAACAUUUUUGUCAUCGGCAAAGGCAACAAACCGUGGAUUUCCCUUCCCCGUGGAAAGGGUAUUCGCCUCACCAUUGCUGAAGAGAGAGAUAAGAGGUUGGCGGCCAAACAGUUGGUGAAAUGA